CUAUUGAAUGUUUAACUAGUUACGAAGUUGCCAGUACCGAGGAUAAUAUAUUAAUAUUUGAGGAUCAUAUUAAUGAUUUUUUUGAUUAUACAAAAAGAAAUACCCGAGCUAGUGAAAAUAAUAUGCUUUAUGAAGUUAAUCAAUACUUAGAUGAACAAAUUGCAGAUAGAACUAUAAAUGUUCUUGAAUGGUAG